UUACUUUGCACCGUUGCAGACUUUAUGAUGAUCGUAACGCUGGGCAGCGACAAAGGGGCAGUUGUGUCACGCGAAGAGGCUGCAGCGGAAGUCUCCAUUGCGGAGGCUUUUGGUGUGUUGUCGUCAUACGCUCAGUGGGCCCUGGAGGCGGCGCCGGGGCUUGGGACCAUCACGGCCCACGUGGGGCCCGUGCGCAACGGAACGAAGGAGGCCGCUGUACGUAACCGCGUUGCCCACAGCAUCGUUCUCUCGCGCAGCGUGCAGAUUGGGCCAAUGUCGCUGCUGAGGCGGCAGGAAGCGAGUUAA